AUGGCUGACGUCCUCGUUGUCUACCCGUCCGGCAAGGACUUCGACCUGAAGUACUACACCGAGAAGCACAUGCCUCUUGUCACAGAGAAAUGGACACAGCAUGGGCUGAAGAGUUACACCAUUCUGCAGUUCCAGGAAGGCGCCCCGUACCAAGUCCAGGCUACGCUCCGUUGGGGCAGCGUUGAGGAGUUUGACAAGGCUGCCGCUAGUGAGGUCGCUGCUGAGAUCUUUGGUGAUAUUAAGAAUUUCUACUCCGGAGACCCUAUCAUCCUCAAGGGAAAGAUUGUUUCCACUGGUUAG